ACUCCUGUGAGCCACAGCUCCGCAAUGAUUGUCAGCAGGCGAUAUACUUAGGGCUGCCGUUUCCUUUGGGGGGCCUUAAAUGUGAUUUGGUGGAGGUGGAGAUUCGUGAUCCCACCCAGUCAAAUUGUUCCACUCCAGACAAGCUUCGAGGCAGAGAAAAAAAAAAAAACUUCAACAGGAAAAGCAAGAGACAGAAUGCUGAGCACCUCAGAGCAGACGCGCAAUCCAAGUGGGAUACUCACACUCUUUGAUAGUCUGGCGGUCUGUUAAUUACGCAUGUGAUGUGAUGAUACUCAUGUCUGGGGGCUCUACUGGAAACUGCGUUCUUUGGCUCCUGGGGAAAAGCACACUUUAGAAACGGUGACAAGCCAGAAAGGACAAAUUAUACAAAAUUAUCUGAAAUUAUUUGGCUGCUUCAUUGGGCUUCCAGGAUGAAGUGGCAGUCAUUUUCUCUAAGGAGACUCUCAGUUUUCAUGGUGGUGGCAGGAGUUGCCGUGUGUCACAAUGUCAGCAUGAAGGACAUCACAGAGAGCAGCAGCAAGCCAGCCCAGAGGAUUUCUCCAGCCAUCCAACAGCUGCAGGUCACUGUGACUCCAAACAUGUCGACCAUCUCACUUCCCACACUUUUCCAAAACACGUCACUACCCUCCCGUCCCAGCGACCCAAUGUGCCAUCUGCCGCCCCAUAUUGACAAAAUUCUGAAAUAUGUCACCACAGUGCUUUCGUGCAUCAUAUUUAUAGUUGGAAUAUUUGGGAACGCCACCCUGCUCCGGAUUAUUUAUGAAAAUAAAUGCAUGAGGAAUGGACCCAACGCCCUCAUCGCCAGUCUCGCCCUGGGUGACCUCAUCUACAUUGUCAUUGACAUCCCGAUUAUUACAUACAAGCUGCUGGCCCAGCAGUGGCCCUUUGCAACUUCAUACUUUGGGCUUUUUCUGUGUAAACUUGUGCCGUUCCUGCAGAAGUCGUCGGUGGGGAUCACCAUACUGAGCCUCUGCGCCCUCAGCGUAGACAGGUAUAAGGCUGUUGCUUCUUGGAGUCGCGUCCAGGGAGUGGGGAUUCCCGUCUUCACGGCCAUCAAGAUCAUUUCCAUCUGGGUCUUGUCCAUCCUGCUCGCAGUUCCAGAGGCCGUAGGCUUUGACAUCAUCUCCAUGGAAUACCGAGGGCGUGAUUACCACAUAUGUAUGCUGAACGCCCAGUCCUCGUUCAUGAAGUUCUAUGACCGUAUGAAGGACUGGUGGCUGUUUGGAUUUUACUUCUGCAUGCCGCUGGUGUGCACGGCCGUCUUCUACACGCUGAUGACGGUGGAGAUGCUCAACAGGAGGAAUGGCAGUCUGAGAAUAGCCCUCAGUGAACACCUGAGGCAGAGACGGGAAGUGGCCAAGACGGUUUUCUGCUUGGUGGUCAUCUUUGCAUUGUGUUGGUUCCCACUGCACUUCAGCAGAAUAUUAAAGAAAACCCUCUACAAAAACACGGAUUCAGGACGCUGUGAACUGCUGACAUUUCUCCUGGGGUUGGAUUACAUCGGGAUGAAUAUGGCCACAAUGAAUUCCUGCAUAAACCCAAUCGCUUUGUAUUUUGUCAGCAAGAAAUUUAAAAAUUGUUUCCAGUCCUGCCUCUGCUGUUGUUGCCACACAAACACCGUAAUGAGCACCACCAUGAACGGGACGAGCCUGCAGUAGGGGGACGUUGGACUGGCGUGUCCUGCCGCCUGUAUGAGCACCUGGACCGGGGUGUGCGUCACUCACGAGGACUGGCAGAAUUGAAAAUGUCGUGUUCUUGCCGUUCAAGUGGUGUGACAUUCAUUUCUACCCAAGUGCCACCAUUCACCACGGGUAAACUGACUGAACUGCAAAACGGAAGUGGCGUGGAGAGACGUGGCUCCUGUAUAAGCUACUAUAUAUGGCAUUGCUCUGACUGGGUUUGCAUAAAAACCUACAAUGAAAGUUCUUCUGUUCACUGAGCAUCUUCUUCAUUGAAUACAGGAUGACAGACUGGGACUGCGAUGUUAAUCAAUUCUUAGUGACGUACUAUUGAGUGAUAACACAACCCUGACAGGAAGAAAAUGAUAAAAAGCUGGACUGGGCUUCUGUUAACACAAUAUGAAUGCUGUAAGCUGUAUGACCUGUUCUCAACAAACCUUUUCUAAUGUUUAUAUCUACAUAUAUAUAUAUAUAUAUACUGUAUAUAUGUAUAACUAGGGAAAUAUUAUACAAGGGUUUCCGGAAGUUAUACAACACAUCUUUUUAUUGCUUGUCAUUUUUAUUUUUAAUUGUUUGAAACAUAUUCAAGAAUAGCUAAAUAUAUUUGCUCCACUCCUCAUUUGUCCCCUAUAAUGGCCAUUAGCGCCAGCAGUUUUGCCCCCUUCAUGUGCCAGUCUGAACCCUACACUCUCGGACAUUUCUUCAAUAACCUUGCCAUUUAAAACCUUUUCAAACAGGUGGCAUCUUUGAGGGCCCCAAGGUGGUGCAAAUAUGAUCAUUAGUCUUGGGCACGGGUGGCAAAUAACAUGGAGCGCUAAUGGGAGCCACGACUUGUCUUGUUCGUUACGAAACACGUCUUCUAGUGAUGAGCAAAACAAUUCGUGGCAAAUUUAAGUGUUCUGUUUUACAGUAAAGUAAAAAUAAUUAAUAAAUAAAGACAUGUAGGUUAUCUAGAGACGGCACGGUGGUGCAGUGGGUGGCGCUGCUGCCUCGCAGUUAGGAGACCCGGGUUCGCUUCCCUGCGUGGUGUUUGCAUGUUCUCCCCGUGUCUUGCGUGGGUUUCCUCCCACAUUCUAAAGACAUGCAGGAUAGGUGCAUUGGCAAUUCUAAAUUGGCCCUAGUGUUUGCUUGGUAUGUGUGUGUGUGUGUGUGCCCUGCGCUGGCGCCCUGCCCGGGGAUUGUUUCCUGCCUUGCACCCUGUUUUGACUGAGAUUGGCUCCAGCAGACCCCCGUGACCCUGUAGUUAGGAUAUAGCUGGAUGGAUGGAUGGCAGGUUAUCUAGAUUGGCAAUGCUAAAAUUGGCCCCUGAUGUGUGUGUGUGUGUGUGUGUUUGCAUUGGGAUGGGCUGGCACCCAAUUCUUGCUGGUAUACACUCCAGCUAACCCUUGAUCCUGCUAGAUCAGCGGGUUUGGGUAAUGGAUGGAUGGAUGGAUUUAAUAGUUUAUUGUGGCAGCUGUAUACGCCACCUGUUGGAAUAAAAAAUGCAAUGCGCUUCAUUAGUACACAUGAUAAACUCCUUGGAACGGGUGUGUUGAUUGAGUGUGUCACGGGUGUCGUUAAAUUCCAUUAAAUUAAUUUUAUUAAUCUGACAGAUCUUCAGUUUGAUCUACCGUAUAUAGUCACGGAUAAGUUUCUCUCGCACAUAAGUCUGGACUUGAUUUUACUGUAUAAUUUCUGGUAUUUUAUAAUGUUGGUCGUAUAAGUCGAAUGCGGAAAACUCACGGUAUUGGUACAAGGGAUUACGAUAUGCUAAGAGUAACCACUGAGAACACGGCCUUUAUUUUCUAUGUGGGUGCGGCAAUGUGCUGUAUCAGCGUGUGCUCCUAACCCCUCUUUCUCUCUCUGUAUUGUGCCUACGUGCCCACACGGUAAUACCCAAGCUAUUCCGAAGAGACGUUUGCACUGAUGUGUUUUUCGUAUCUCACACCCUCACACACCUUUAUCGUAAGAGCAUCCCUUAUCUACGAUGGAGCGUUCGAUCAGAAGAAAAUAUGAAGCUAGUUUUAAAUUAAAAGUCGUUGAAGUGGCAAAAGAAAUUGGUAACAGCGCUGCUGCAACAAAAUUCGAUGUGUCUGAGAAACUGAUGAGAGAUUGGAGGAGGCAAGAAGAUGGAAAAAAAAUGAAAUUAAGUGUCGCAAUUUUGAACGGGCGUACAAGUCGGGGUCUGAUUUUUAUGAUUGAUUUUUCGGGUUUCAAGACCUGACUUAUACAUGCGUAUAUACUGUAAUACUUAUUUUCAUAUAUGCUUAUGAUUCUCUAUGAAUAUAUGUACCAUAUACACUCGACAGAUAAGUUCUCCCGCGGAUAUGUCAGGGCUUGAUUUUACCGUAUAAUUUCUGGUAUUUUAUACUGUCGGUCGUAUAAGUCGAAUGUGGAAAACUCCCACUGUUGGUCGAAGAGAUUACAAAAUGCUAACGCCCACCUGAGAGAGUAACCACGGGGCACACGGCCUUUAUUUUUCUCUGUAUUGUGCCUACGUGACCACACGGUAAGACUCGAACUAUUCCGAAGUGACGUUUGCACUGUUUUUUGUGUGUUUGGUAUCUCACACCCUCAUACACCUUUAUCGUAAGAGCAUCCCUUAUCUGUGAUGGAACGUUCGAUCAGAAGAAAAUAUGAAGCUGUUUUUAAAUUAAAAGUCGUUGAAGUGGCGAAAGAAAUUGGUAACUGCGCUGCUGCAACAAAAUUCGAUGUGUCUGAGAGACUGAUGUGCGAGAUUGGAGGAGGCAAGAAGAUGUAAAAAAAAUUUUGAACGGGCAUAUAAGUUGGGGUCUGAUUUUUAUGAUCGAUUUUUUUGGGUGUCAAGACGCAACUUAUACACGAGUAUAUACGGUAAUACUUAUUUUCAUAUAUGCUUAUGAUUCUCUAUGAAUAUAUGUACCAUAUACACUCAACAGAUAAGUUCUCCCGCAGAUAAGUCGAGGCUUGAUUUUACCGUAUAAUUUCCGGUAUUUUAUACUGUCGGUCGUAUAAGUCGAAUGUGGGAAAACUCCCACUAUUGGUCCAAGAGAUUACGAUAUGCUAACGCCCACCUGAGAGAGUAACCACGGGGCACAUGGCCUUUAUUUUUCUCUGUAUUGUGCCUACGUGACCACACGGUAAGACCCGAACUAUUCUGAAGUGACGUUUGCAAUGAUUUGUGAGUUUUGUAUCUCACACCCUCAUACACGUAUAUCGUAAAAGCAUCCCUUGUCUACAAUGGAGCGUUCGAUCAGAAGGAAAUAUGAAGCUGGUUUUAAAUUAAACGUUGUUGAAGUGGCGAAACAAAAUUCAACAAAAUUCGAUGCGUCUGAGAAACUGAUGCAAGAUUGGAGGAGGCAAGAAGAUGUAAAAAAAUAAAAUUAAGUGUCGCAUUUUUGAAUGGGCGUAUAAGUCGGGUCUGAUUUUAUGAUUUCAAAAACCGACUUAUACACGAGUAAAUACGGUAAUCUCUAGACUAGUACUCUGUGAUUUAUUGUGAACUAAGCCAGGAUGCUGACUCACAAGUGUUUUUCUUUUUUGUGGUCAGAAAUCAAGCCAACGUCAGUACCGAAAGUCAAGGCGAUCGUUUCAUCAAAGCCUAAAUACAGGGUGAGCCAAAAAGAAGUACCACAUUUCAAAUAUUUUAUUCUACAAAAACACUACAAGAUAAAAUAAAUUUCAUUACGACACAAGAAAGGGUAUGCAAAAUAGAUUUGUUUCACUGUGUUUUAAAAAUGAUGUCUUCAAGGCGGUGGCCAUCAUUAGCGAUACACUCUUCAAGACAAUUUCUGAACGCUCGCGUGACUCGUUCGGCCAUUUCAAUGGGAAUAGCGGCGGGUUUGUGGCGAAUAGUGUCCUUGAGGGGCUUCAAGGUUUUGAGGUUGUUGUGGGUAGACCUUUAACUUGAGGUAAGAAAUCACACGGAGCGAGAUCAGGCGAACGUGAAGGCCACCAGACAUCACCGCGCGGCAAGAUCAGCUUCCAACGAAAACAUCUGCAAAACUUACAUGGAUCUCCGUGCAGGCUGUAUGAGCUGUCGCUCCAUCCUGUUGACACCAGGCGUCCACCACAUCCAUUUCUUCCAGUUCACCAGCAUUUCAAUGUAACGUUCUGAAGUGACAAUGACCGUUGCUCCCCUCUCCCCCUUAAAAUAAGGGUCUACAAUGGCAAAUUCUGCAAGGGCGCCCCAAACUGUAACACGUGUGCUCACUGUGCAGGGGUCUCUGAUGAAGUUCACGAGGGUUGGUUUCAGCCCAAUAGCGAAAGUUUUGCUUAUUUACGCAAUGAUUCAAAUGGAAAUGUGCCUCGUCGCUGAUGUCACAUGACAAUGGCAUCUCAAUGAAUGUUGGCACACAACUCUCUAUAGCUCUGCCAGUGUCUCUCAGUGAGUUCCUGCUCUAACGUCAUUUUGUAUGGAUGGGAAUUAAGGUCCUCAUGCAAAAUCCAAGACGUGUUGGAAAUGCCCAAGGCAGAAGCGCACUGAACGUCUAG